AUGUAUAAAUCCCAAAAUAAACAUUUAAUAAAACACUCAAAUGAUAACAAAUUUAAAUUUGAUUUCGAGAAUUGUUUCAAAUUCUAUAAAAGAAAAAUAAGUCUUAAAUUACAUAAGGAGAAAGCACAUUUAAAUGUGAGAUAUGUAUGCGAUUGGAGUGAAUGUCGCAAACAAAAUUCAAUUGUAAUGAAGAAAAUUGUGGCAAAAGUUUUGCAUCAAAAUCUGCACUCAAUUAUCACCGACGCAUACAUUCGGGCGAAAAGCCAUUUGUUUGUCAUUUCAAUGAUUGUCGCAAAAGUUUUAGCUCCAAGUCAAAUUUAA